UCCCCAAAUCUCUACCAGCUGACGAUCAGUUGUGCGCCGAGUCUCCACGUGUUCGCUCUGGCAGCGGAGAUAAACAAACCUACUAAUUCUACAGAUUACAAAAUAAAAAACAUCUAUUAAAAAAUGACCACAUCCGCUGACAUCAAGGUACGCCAGGUGACCGCCUCCGAGGCCGAUCGCCUCAUGACCUUCCUGCUGGAACACUAUUACCGCGAAGAGCCCCUCACCGCAGGCACCUCCCCGCCGGAGCCCACGGCCGAUGACAAGGAGUUCCUGCUCAGCAAUAUCCCCUAUGGAACCUGCUUCCUGGCCGAGGCGGAGGAGAAGGAGGAUCAGGGGAACGACAGUCGCCGGAUAGUGGGCGCCGUGGUUGCGGGUCCCAAGGAUGCCGGAGCACCGGAACUGAUGCGCCAAGAGGCGGCCCAGCAUGCUGGCAGCAAGUGGGGCCGCAUUCUGGACGUACUCUCCGCAGCGGAGAACGGCAGCGAUGUCUGUCGGCGCUUCAGUGUCCCGAGUAGCCUGCAUGUCCAUGCCCUGGGCGUGAAUAGUGAGCUGCGCGGCCAGGCGCUGGGUGCCCGCCUCAUGGAGGCCGUGGCCCAGAAAGCCCGGGAGCAGGGCCAUCGCCUCGUCUCCGUGGACUGCACUAGUGUUUACUCGGCGCGGCUGGUGCAGCGCUUGGGCUACGAGCUGGUGCACACGCUGCGCUAUGCGGACCACCUGGACGCCAGCGGGCAGCAGGUGGUCACUCCUCCGCCCCCGCACGAGAGUAUCCAGACCUUCGUGCUGCGGCUCUAAAGCUCUGGAGCAAUGAAGCCCUUAUCGCUGUCGCCGGGUGGCCAUAAACCCACCCGAAAGAUAUAGUUUAUCAGUUCCGCGUAACUUAUGGCACUUGGGGCACACCGAAAAAUAUUGGGGGAUAUUUUUAGCCACGAAUUGUUCAAAAAAAUUAGGGUAAUAGAUCUAUUUUAUCAUUUUUUAUAACGAAAAAUGAACUUGGCUUAGAUUUAUAUUCUCUUGAACUUUGUUUUCAUUUAUUUCUAUUUUAUUUUAUAUUUAAAUAAAAGAAUUAAAACUAAAUAAUAAAACAAU